GACUGAGCAUAUGAAGAAUUUCUUUCUAUUAAGAAAGCAUGAUAAUCUCAAUACCAGCGAGCUUACACUAGAGGUAAGACAGGCUGGAAGAAUGAUUUGCAAGAAAGGCAAGUAAGGUAUUUUAUUCUAAAAGUCAGCGAGCUUACACGUGAGGUAAGACAGGCUGAAAGAAUAAUGAACUUGUACGAGAGACAAGUAAGGUUAAGUAAAUCCAGAAAAUGCUAUAAGAUGUGUAAUGGAAACAUGUCCUUUUGUUAUUUUAAGGGCAUGUGGAGGAUUCGGCAGAGAUGUCAGAUCGAGAAAACACCGAAAAUAAUCCGCCUGAUGAAAGUCUUCUAACGGAAGAGAUUUUGAAAUUCCUGGGAGACAAUCCCAAGGUCUCUAAGGCAAUCGAACCAAAAUUACAUAAGGAUAUAUCAGACCGACUAGAAGGAUGGAUAAUCGACGGGUUACCAAAGGAGGACCAAGAGAAGCUAAUUAAGAAAUACUCUCGUCCAGAGUUUCUUGAGGCCCCAAAAUUAAACCCAGAGGUUGAACCAGUGAUGCAAGAAGCAGCAAUUAAAAGAGAUAAACAUUUUUUAGAAGGUCAAAAUAUUAUUGGUUCGGCGAUUACGAGUGCAGGCUCAGCAUUAUCUCUAAUAUUGGCGGCAGAAGAGGAGGAUUUAGAUGAGCUCGUAGUUAUAGAAAGACUUUCGGAUACAAUCAGAUUAUUAGCUGAUCUCUUUAACAAACAGACAACUUGUAGAAGAGCUUUUAUUUUACCGGGGUUAAAACCUAAGUUAAAAGCAGCUUUUGAAAAAACCAAGUCAGAAGGUUUACUUUUCGGUAAAGAAUUGAGUGAAAAGAUCAAACAAGUAGGUGUUAUGGAAAAAAUGGCUAAAACGCUUAAAGAACAACCUCCUAAGAAGCAGAAUAAUUUUUUUCCAAAAAACUGGAAAGGCCAUCCAGGGAGGACCUGGAACAACACUCAGUCAUAUCGACAGAAUCAGUGGAAGCGUCGGUUUUUCAAGAAGAAGACUCAAUAUCAAAACCGAGCACCUCAAAAUUCCAACACCAAAUCAACGACGGCGAACGAGAAAAAGACGGCUUAGUCGCUGAUACAUCCAAUGGCGCAGAAUCUUACAUUACUAUCAGGCAUUGUCUCAGGGAAGCUUAUUUAAGGAAAGGUCUGCCAACAGACUGCAUAGAAAUACUAAUCGCAUCCUUGUCGGAAAAUACACUUAAGCAGUAUAAUUCAUCAUUAAAAAAAUGGUGGAAUUUUUGCACAGAGAAAAAACAGGAUUUCUUUGUGAUCACGACUAAUAAGCUUUUAGAAUUCUUAACAACCUUAUAUACGGAAGGUGCUUCCUAUGGAUCUCUAAACACACACCGUUGUGCAAUUUCAUUAAUUUCACUUAACAAGAUCGGGGAAGAGCCAAUUAUUGGUCGCUUUUUAAAAGGUGUAGCAAAGUUAAGACCGAUAAAUGUACGUUACGCAGCUACGUGGGAUACAAAUGUAGUAUUAGAUAGAGUUAAGACAUGGUUCCCUUUAAGUAAACUUAAUCUACAAGAGUUAACAGAAAAAACAAUCAUAUUGUUAGCAUUAGGGACUGCAAGUAGAGCACAAACCCUAGCAGCAAUUGAGACAGAUAAUAUUAAAGAAACCAAAGAAGGCCUAGAAAUAAGAAUUAUGGAGCGUACGAAAACAGAUAGUCCGGGGAGAGCUAAACCACUACUGUGUUUGCCGUUUUUUAAGGAAAAACCAGAGCUCUGUAUUGCGAGCACUGUGAUCCAGUAUUUAAGAGUAACAGCAAAAUUAAGAAAAUAUACCAGACAUUUAUUUAUUUCAAUAAAUAAGCCGCAUAAAGAAGUAACAGCUCAAACAAUUAGCAGGUGGAUAAAGAAGGUUUUGCAAAAAUGUGAGAUUGAUAUUAGUGUUUUUUCAUCUCAUUCGACGAGACAUGCGUCAUCAUCAGCAGCUUUCAUAAAUGGGCUUGACCUUGAGGCGAUAAGGAAAGCUGCAGGCUGGUCAGAAGGAUCUACAGUGUUCGCAAAAUUUUAUAAUCGACCGAUAUCAAAAAAUUUUUCUUUUGCAA